UUGCACGCCAGGAGCGAGAACGGUCCGCUUGUCCCUCGGGGAUUCUCUCCUGGGCGCCCCUCGGAGCAGCGUCGGAGGCAAAGCUAGGCUCCGAGGAGCGACGCGUUUCUGAACCGAUGGCUUCCUCCGCUCCAUCGUCCUCCAACGACGCUCCGGACCCCACCCCAACGAAUCUGCGACCCACAACCUACGACACGUGGUGCGGCGUGGCCCAUGGGUGCACCCGGAAAAUCGGCCUCAAGAUAUGCGGGUUCCUGCAGAGGACCAACAGCCUGGAGGACAAGGGCCGCCUCGUGAGCUCCCUGAAGGAGAAGCAGUCCUCCAAGAGCCUACUGGCCUGCGAGAACAGCGAGCGGGAAGGCCGGUUCAGGCGCACCGAAACGGACUUCUCCAACCUCUAUGCCCGAGAUUUGCUGCCCGCCAAGAAUGGUGAGGAGCAGACCAUGCAGUUCCUGCUCGAGGUCGUUGACAUCCUCCUCAACUACGUGAGGAAAACGUUUGACAGGUCCACCAAAGUGCUGGACUUCCACCACCCGCACCAGCUCCUGGAAGGCAUGGAGGGCUUCAACCUGGAGCUCUCAGACAACCCCGAGUCCCUGGAGCAGAUCCUGGUGGAUUGCCGGGACACGCUCAAGUACGGUGUGAGGACAGGUCACCCCCGCUUCUUCAACCAGCUCUCCACGGGACUGGACAUGAUCGGCCUGGCUGGCGAGUGGCUCACGUCUACAGCCAACACCAACAUGUUUACAUAUGAAAUUGCCCCUGUUUUUGUACUCAUGGAGCAAAUAACACUUCGAAAGAUGAGAGAGAUCAUUGGAUGGUCCAAUAAAGAUGGUGAUGGGAUAUUCUCACCUGGAGGAGCUAUCUCCAAUAUGUACAGCAUAAUGGCUGCACGCUACAAGUAUUUCCCUGAAGUCAAAACCAAAGGCAUGGCUGCAGUCCCUAAACUGGUUCUUUUCACCUCGGAACACAGUCACUACUCAAUAAAGAAAGCUGGAGCUGCACUUGGAUUUGGAACAGACAAUGUGAUUUUGAUAAAAUGCAAUGAAAGAGGCAAAAUAAUACCAGCUGAUUUAGAGGCCAAAAUUUUGGAAGCCAAACAAAAGGGAUACAUUCCUCUGUUUGUAAAUGCAACCGCAGGCACAACAGUAUAUGGGGCCUUUGAUCCAAUACAGGAGAUUGCAGAUAUAUGUGAAAAAUAUAACCUCUGGCUCCAUGUAGACGCUGCUUGGGGAGGUGGACUCUUAAUGUCCCGAAAGCAUCGUCAUAAACUAAAUGGAAUAGAAAGAGCCAACUCAGUCACUUGGAACCCACACAAGAUGAUGGGAGUAUUGUUGCAGUGUUCUGCCAUUCUCAUCCGGGAAAAGGGUAUACUUCAAGGUUGCAAUCAAAUGUGUGCAGGAUAUCUUUUCCAGCAAGAUAAACAGUAUGAUAUAUCUUACGAUACUGGUGAUAAGGCAAUACAGUGUGGGCGACACGUGGACAUUUUCAAGUUCUGGUUGAUGUGGAAGGCAAAGGGUACAGUAGGAUUUGAAAAUCAGAUCAACAAAUGCCUGGAACUGGCAGAGUAUCUCUAUACUAAAAUCAAAAACAGAGAAGAAUUUGAGAUGGUUUUUGAAGGAGAGCCUGAGCACACAAAUGUAUGUUUCUGGUAUAUUCCGCCAAGUCUCAGGGGCAUGCCAGACUGCGAGGAGAGAAGAGAAAAGUUACACAGGGUGGCCCCGAAAAUCAAAGCUCUGAUGAUGGAGUCAGGUACUACCAUGGUUGGAUAUCAGCCUCAGGGGGAUAAAGUCAACUUCUUCCGAAUGGUCAUCUCAAACCCAGCAGCAACUAAGUCUGACAUUGACUUCCUCAUUGAGGAAAUAGAGAGACUGGGGCAGGAGCUGUAGUACAGGGGUCGAAUUAUUUCUCUAAUUCACUGUUUUCCAGCACUGGCUAUUUUUUUAUCCAGUUCUGCAGAACAUGUUUUAAAGAAAUCCUCUUUCUGUAAGCUCCAAUCUCCUGAAACAUCUUUAAACAAAAAAUCUAUAGGAUACUGAAACAUAUAUGUAUUGGUAGAUAAUUUUACUGAGGGAAAACGUGUUAUCUUGAAGUUGAAGUACUAUUGACUCGUACAUUGGUCUUGCUUAUUAUAGUCAGCAGGAAAUAAAUAAGUACUAAAAUAGAAAUUUAAGAACUCUACAUGGUAUAUAUGUACAGUAUAAAUAAAUAUAAAUAUAUAUAUAUAGAAUAUAUAUAUAUGUGGUUAUGAAAUAAGAUCCAACCACAGCAUGUUUUCCACCUUAAGAGAAAUAAUUCCUUCAACAACCAUGUGGAUAAUGUGCUACAGAUUUUUCUGGCAGAUAAAAAUAGAUAUAUAGAAAUAUUUCUAAAAUGUAGAUUCUAGGAGCUAAAAGAAUUGUUUCACAGUAUUAAAUCUUACUGUUGGUGCUUCUCUCACAUACAAAACAGCAGUGUCUAACAGCACCUUUGAGUAAAAUAGUUGUAUUUCCCCUUUAGUGUCACAUCAGGGGAUAACUGUAGCAGAGUCAUUGUAAAAGGUAUAUUAUUGCUGUAUUUUUAGAGGUUAAUUUGUGUAGAUUGUGUAUAUUAUUGUUAAAUGACUUUGUGUAAAGGAUUUAAAUGUAAUAGUUUUACAGCAAGAUAACUGUUCAAUUGUAGGUAAAUGAAAUAUUUGCUUAUUUAUAUGCAGAGAUUUACCAUGCUAAAGAGUUGUCUUGUAUUUUCUUCCAUUUGUAAUGUAUCCUAUUUAUAUAUUACUGAAGUUCUAAAUAAUGUUUAUGGUAUUUUAGUGUAUUUGUGAGCCAAAGAAAAAAUACAAAAAUAAUAGUUGACACUUUUGUUUAAAUAUUAAUGCCCUCAGAAUAAUAACUUACAGAUAAUUUUACUGAUUAUAAGGAAUUCUAAAAGUGUAUAUAGAAUGUCAAAUAAUGAAAUCCCUUUAAGAGAAUUUUCAAUUUUAUUAAUUGUAAUGUCAGACUGUCUGUUCAGUGUUCUGAAUGCUUUCCUAGUGAAUACUGGUUGCUAACCAAGGCCCCUGUGAUUGUGUCGUAUUUCAGGAUGGAUCACUAUGAAUUUCGCUUAACUAAAUUCUAUAGCAAGAUUCCUGAAGGUCUAUAGCAUUUCUGUAGGAGCUGUAGCCAGCAUCAUUGCUUCAGUGAAAUGGAGUUGACUAUACAUUUUGGAGCUUAUAAAAUAAAUAAGCCCAAAAUUCAUCUCAGAUUCUUUAAGUACAGCUGGCUUGGCACAACAGGCCACACUUGUCAAAAUAUAGACACCAGAGUCAUCUGAGGCUUGUUCCGUUUUAACGAUUAGGUAACCAGUAUUGGCAAGUGGAAAACUCCAUGCCGGAGGCGCAGCAGUCGAACAGAAUGGAGAUUCAAUAACCCCUUGCCUACAGAAUGACUAUCCUGGCAGGAAAUGGGACAUGCUAAUUCCAAAUCUUCUUAUACAUGAUUCCAUGGCUAUCACCCAUGCAAGUCAGUGAUCAGUUGUUGUUGGUUUUCUCCCCAAAAUCAGCAUUAAAGUUGAUUUUAGAAACAUUCAGUGAAAGAAAAGUAAAGACUUGCACUUUGAUUUAGGAUUGCAGUGGCAGCGCUCCCCAGCUUUGAGGCUUUGCUCUACGUGCCAGGAGAGCGGUGGAACGGUGGGAACGGCCAAGAGGGAUUUCCAUCCUCCCAGUCCCACUGGCUGCAUCCGAAGCUGUCUCACAGCUCCAGCUAGUUGGAAGAGGGAAAAAGAAGAAACUGUCAUGGUAAUUGCCAGGUCAUAUGAUUUGGCUGUACCGGCUUUUCCUAGGGCUCCUAUUCAGCCAUCUUCUAUAACUCUCUGUAAAACUUUUUUUUCUAGAAAUCAUUUGAUUUAAGUCUAAAAAUGAUUCUAAAUUUUCACUCUUUCAGCUUUCUCUUAAUGACUUUGAGCAGAUUAUCUUUAUUACUUUUAUGCCAUGAAUUUCCCAAUAAUCUCAACAGUACAAGGUUAAUUUUGUUAGAUUAUUUUUAUCAUGACAGGGCUGUUCAUAUCUUGCUUUCUUAGUCUUAAACUUUACUCUUCCUUAAUUAUAAACUUGAUAUCUUACCAUGUCUUCAAUACUUAACAUUUUUCAUUUAAAAUCCAUGCAAUGGGAUUGAAGGCCUGCAAUAUAGAAGCAGUCAGCAUGAAUACUGGCUACAGUGGCAGCUUCUAUGUUAAAAUGCCAUUCCUUAUAAAUACAGGCCACUCAUCAAAACUAGAAAGCUUUUGAUUGGAAGCUGUUUUCAGGAGUAUGAAGGGAGUUUGUUCUGAAGAGGAUGUGUAUGACACAUUUUGAACCAUAGACUUCUUGAAGUCUGGUCUCUGUCACAUUUUUGCUUUAUUCAAAGACCAGCUAUGUAAGCUCUCUAUCUUUGCUGUUUAUGUGAAACAAUAUAAAUUAGGAUCACAAAGACAAAGACAUUUUACUACUAACCCAGAUUCAGCAGGGGAUUUUGCCUCUUCCACACAAGCAACGCCCUAAUCCUCGUGAUUUCCUCAACCAGAUCUCAGGUAAAAAUUCCUGACUUCCUCCACCUCCUUAGCUCCCUAGUCAAAGUAUUUCAGCAACGUUAUUACUUUAGUUGUAAGAUCCUAAGAUCUAACUUAGUCCUUUAACCUUUAGAUUCUAACUGCAUAAUUUUUGUAUCCAGAUUAUCUCAAUAUUGCAAUAAUAAUUUUUGGUAGCUGAAACUUUAUACCCCUAGAAGCAUAUAAACCAGGUAAAGAGAACUAUAACUGACUCCAGGAAAAAGCACAGUAUGUUUUAUCUAAGGCCAGCAAGCCUUGGGUGGUCCUUGGACAGAACCUAGUUCUUUUCUGCACAUGUAAACCCUGUUUCUCACUAAAAUCUUUGUUUCUUCACUUAGUGAAGCAUCUUGCUUUUAGAAGAUCAGAAAAUGAGGGGUUGUAGCCAUUAUCAGUGGUGGCUUGCAGAUGCACAGGAACAACAGAGACCCUCCUGCCUCUGUCAGAAUUGCAGAGCUCCUGUCUCUUGAGAUAGGGGCUUUAAAUUUAUCUUUCUACACUCUGCAUUUUCUCUUACUUUUCUGCAGUGUUGCAUCCUGAGGCAGAUGAUACUCACAAUUAGUUAUUUUGUGAAGCUUUUAAUUCUAAUAUCAUCCACUGAAUUUCCCCAUUAUGUUUACCUGCUUCCUUCCACAGGCACAGGACUCAUGUCAGAACUCACUUGCAGCUUGGAUAGAUAAUUUCAAAAGAGGAGUCAAGUUCAUAGGUGAGAAAACUCAUCUGUAUUUUGUUCCCAGUAGGUAAUUUUCAUCUGAGUAAUAUGUUACAGCUUCUCAAACGAAAGCUUACCUGGAAUUUUCCUAUGCUUUAAUUCAUAUACUACUGAGUGUGAAAGAUCAAAAAGGCUAUGUGGAAGUGGUGACUAAUUCAAAGCACUGAAAUUACAGGUGAGUAACUUUGUUUUUCUGAGGUUUAAAACAUAUUUUAGGAUGAUGAGUUUUGUGUUUAAAAUCAUACUGCCAGUCACCAGCAUUUUGGGUGGGUGAAUUCAAAUGAAGUAAACAACAAGCAAGGUGUUAGCUAAAGGUGUAGCUGCUGCUCUUAUUAGCAGAUAUGAUUUACUUGGAAAAGACUGAUCA